AUGAGCUCCAAUAGCAACGUAAGACGUGCUGAAAAACGGCAAGAAUGCCGGGAGGCAUUGGCAAACCAUAUUUGUCAGUACCACGCUCGUUGCUCCCUAUCAGAGCCAAUUAACUUUUGUUCCGUCAACCAGAUCAUCAGCUCGGUCUCACCGUUCCACCCUACCGCGUGCGUCUUCAACCGUCUGCGGAAGAUGGCUACGCGUGGUCCGUCUCCGACGCCCAGAUACAUCUUCUCAGAACCCCACUCGGCGAGGCACGAUCGGGCUUUAUCAAGAGAUCAUCGGCGAGCUGGGGAAAUCUAUCGAGGCCGUCCGGCCACAACCCCUGCAGCGGACUCCAAGGAGCAGCGAAGCGUCCUCGGCCUGUCAGGUCUCUCAGAGGGAGUGGGCUGUUCUCUGUACACACGAUCAGCAGCUAGCCUGAGCCUGGGGCCAGGUGGUGUCCGCCAGCCAUCAGGCAGGCAGUUGGGUGCAGCUCAGGGCAGCUUGGAUGGGUUCCUUGGAUACGUGACGUCACCUGAUUUGGGAGGACCUCCCGAGUAG